CUUCGAAAAAAUACACCAAAACUAGCCCUCGCCUACUAAGGAGUGGGUAUGACCGUAUGAGUGCUGAGGUACCCACCUGUCUUAACUUUCUUAGCAUAUAGAUAUGCAAAAAUCUUAUUUUGUUAUGGGAUCUCCCUAAUCAAUCAAGCAAUUCGGUCAACAAAUUUAUAAACAUUACCCAUUUCCUCAUUAACCAAUUAACUAAUUAUAUCAGGUUAGUAUCAACUAAUUAUACAUUACUAUCCACCACAUACAUUUGUUUUAUUGUUUUAAUCAUGUAAAAGACAAAUUCUUUUAUUCUAAUAUCAUAUGAAGCCGAAUACUGGUCUCUACCCAUUUUUUUUUUUAAUAAUUGUUAUACCAAUGUUUGGCAUGAGCUCGGCAUACUAUGAGUUUUAUAGUGACCGGAAUGCUUUAGAAGCGUAAGUUGGAUGCCCAGAACAGAAAUUUCCCUCCAAAUCGGAAAAUUUUCCCCCGUACAUAACCCUAACGAUGCCUCUCCUCUGCCUCCGGCCAGCAGCAGAAAGAAUUGCCAAGCUUGAUCAUUUUGCAGAGCAAAGCAGGGGAACCUCGUAACUCGUAAGUCCUCUAGAAACAAGAAAUUGCCCUUCUUUCAGUGGGAUUCGUAUCUCAAAUCGGUUUGUCUAGAUUUCGAUUGACUUCAUUUUCGCAGUGUUUUGCCCAGCUGGAGCGAUGGCGGUUUCACUCAAGCGACUGUGGCAGAUUGGCGGGUCAGACACUCUCAAUCGCCUUAAACCAACGAACCUAUUCACCCAACUAGGAGCUGCCGCCGCUCUGCAUUCUGAAGAUGGUAGUGCGAAAUAUCAAGGGGAGUUCUCGAAAUGGAACAAUGGAGGUGGAGUUUUCCACAGCCUGGCUUGUAUUGAUCCAACGGCAGUUAUAGAAGUUGGUGCCGUGGUUCACUCUAAGGCUAUGGUGGGAGCUAAUGUUCAUAUUGGAUCCGGUGCUGUAAUUGGCCCUGCUGUCGCGAUUGGCGGCUCUACAAAGAUAGGGUACAAUGCUGUACUUGGCAAUUGCAGCAUUGGCGAUUCAUGUGCAUUGUAUAAUGGAGUGUGCAUUGGCCAAGAUGGAUUUGGUUUCUUUGUGGAUGAUCAGGGCAACAUGGUGAAGAAACCUCAGCUUCUGAAUGUGAGGAUAGGGAACAAUGUUGAGAUUGGAGCAAACAGUUGUGUCGAUAGGGGCAGUUGGAGAGACACAGUCAUAGGAGACCAUUCAAAGAUAGAUAAUUUAGUCCAAAUUGCUCAUAAUGUGGUCAUUGGAAGGAGCUGCAUUAUCUGUGGACAAGUCGGAAUUGCAGGUUCUGCAACGAUAGGAGAUUAUGUUACAUUAGGGGGGAGAGUGGCAGUUCGUGACCAUGUAUCAGUUGCAUCCAAGGUGCGGCUUGCUGCUAAUAGCUGUGUCACCAAGGACAUCAGCGAGCCCGGGGAUUAUGCCGGCUUCCCUGCUGUUCCUGCUCGGGAAUGGAGAAGGCAGGUCGCUAAUCAACGUUGGAUUUCCAAGCAAGGGGGUUCCUAAACAUCCUACGGAGCUGAUCAUUGCUGCCUCUUAUUUCAAUAGUACUUUCUGAGUUGUGACAUUUCUGACUCCUGUAUUUUCCAAUUUUCGUGCUUUGUUUUCGCUGAUCCGUCGCCUGUGCCUAUUGCCCUCUGGCGUACUCCUCUUCCUGCUGCUGCAGCGGCGGCGGGCUGGUGAUUGUGUUGAUCACCAGAUAAGGGAUUUUCUUCUACCUCCCUAACCUUAGCCGGAGUUCCCCGGCUGCGAAUACCCUGAUUAUCUGCACUUCCCUCAUUAGUCCUUAGUCCUUACCACAAGGAUUGAGAGAUCGGAAGAAAAAUCCUUCUUUUUC